AUGGAUACACCGGGCAGCGACAUGUCUUUUAGGAGUACAGGUAUAUCCACAACAGAUGCAUCUACUACGACAACACCCAAGCAUAAUAUUUCAAGUGUCAGCCCAAACGAAUUGUCCUCCAAUAACCAUACUACUUCGAUUAUUGAGAACGACUCGGCUUCAGACAUUUCAAUGUCUGCAGAUUCUGACGAAGAAGAUGAAAAUGAAGAUACUUUGGAUAGCCUGGCCAUCCAAUUAAAUUCGAAUCCACAGGUUCCGGAACAAGCCAAUGGUGUCAUCUUGCAAUCCUCCCAGCCGGAAACUUCCAGGAAGCGGAAAUAUUCAGAAUCCGGAGAAGAUGAUCCAAAUGGCCCCAUUGAUAAUACAAAAGUCCUUGAGGAAAUACGCAAACGUCUCAGACCCGAUGAGACACAGGACCAUUGGAGAAGCGAAGGCCAUUUACGUUUGAACCGGUCUGUUCUGCCAGCUGAACUUUGGCAUCACAUUUUUACUUUCAGUCCUCCUAGAACUUUGGGUAACUUGUUGCAAGUAAACAAGUCUUUCAAUACUUAUCUCGAUCCUUCAUCAGAUAGCUCCAUUGUCCCCUUUUCAAAAUCUUCUACCGAGGUAUUAAAGCCAGAUGCUAUUUGGCAAGCAUCUAGACGUCUUUUUAAACCACUCAUGCCUGCUCCUUUAGUUGGACAGACUGAACUCGAUAUGUGGAAAAUGGCUUGUUCUACUUCUUGUCAGUUCUGUAACAAGAAGAACCCAUUUAUCAUUUCUGUCCAAUCAGACCAAUGGCAUCUUGGUCCAGGGGAAAAUGGAGUCAUUCCUAUCUGGUCAUUCGCUGUGAAAUCAUGUGGACAUUGUCUUCUACAACAUGCUGUUAAGGAGAUCGAUUUGCUGUUGUCCUCCUCAGUGCCAUCACUCUUGAUGCCAGUGCUCCCAUUUAUAUUUCUCUCCAAUGAGCUACAUGUUAUUCCUGCGACAGCAUUGCAGCAUGGACAGCCCCCUUCGACUACUCAAAUUACAAAAUAUUAUUUCAAGAAGCAUGUCGAGGCAAUUAAGGAUGAAUUUGAAUCUGUCAAAGCUAUGGGCUCAGCGACUAUAGAAGAAUGGCUCAAAGGUUUGGAAGAUCGUGGUAAAGAGCGACGUAAUGACGCAGCUCGAUGGGAGAGAUGGGAGGCCAGUGGUGGGGUUAUUCGGAUGAGAGCAUUUGAACAACAUGAAUGCUCAAAACAGCUACCUGCAGCAGUUGCUCCAAACACCAAUCUUGCUCCCGCACAAAGUCAACCGAUAUCAACAAACGGCUUUUCAACGUUGCCAAACCAUACACAUGUCACGCACCCAUUACCUCAGGUACCCAAAUCGUUACCUGCAAUACACACUUCUUUCCCAGCGAGUAAUCCCCCACCACGAUACGAUUCGCCUUCACUGAGUGUGUAUUCUGCAUACACACCUCGAUCAAAUCUACAGCCGAGACAUGAAAGAACCAAGGAGGAAGUUGCCGAUCUCAAAGCGGCACGGAGAGCUGAGAUUGAACGAAGAUGUUUAUCAUUAAAUCCUCCACUGACAGCAAAUGUUCUAGCACAUAUGAGCUCAUUCCAGGCAGCUAUACAGAUAAUCCAACCACUAAAUGAUGGCGCCUGGGAAGUUUUGAAGCCAAGACUAUUAUCACAGAGAGAGGAAGCCGAGCAGCGAGAAAAUGACCGAAUCAGCCAGUCCCGAGUGGUUCAGGAGCGUUCGGAAGAGCGUCGUUUCCAGGAUGUACAACCCAAAUCGGAAUACAAGGAUGCCAUCGACAGAGAAUGGGAUGAUAUCCAAGCCCCACUCCGGGCUCGAAUUGGUGGAUAUGCCGAUGAAACGAUCCGUGAUGGCUGGAAUGGUGGUGACAAAGUGACCAAAGAAUCUAGUCCUAAGUUUGCCGCAGACGUCCUAAUUUAUGUCCGGAAGAGAUUUUAUGCCGAAAUCGCCAAAGAUGAUGCCGCAGUAAGAGCAACAGGUGGGGAGCCACCAUUAGAUCCUCCAAUGGGGCCAUACACUCGCAAGCUAACUUUGGAAAACAUGAAAUGGGUGUUUGAUACCAAGAUCAAAACCCACACUGAGCAGUAUAGUAAGGAGCUUUUUCUUUGCAAUGCUUGCGAGAACAAUUUUAAGUACUAUGGGUUCGAGGGGGUCAUUCAGCACUUUGCUGCCAAGCAUACCAGUUCGCUCAGCGUUGGUAGCGUAGUUGUCCAUUGGAAAUCAGAAUGGCCAGAGUAUCCACCGUUUUGUCCGGAUCCUAAUACCGCGGUAAAAAAUGCCUACUACUCUGCUCUGCCAAGUGCCAGUACUCCUUACCCAAGUUCCUCUAUUCUUCCAAACUAUGGAUAUGGUGGGUACCAGCAGCCUGUCUCGGCUGCACCAAAUUCCAAUAUUUACCAGGAUCCGUAUUAUGGCCAUUCUCAAUAUGGAGACCAGUAUGCAGCCCCUCAACCUGGCCCGUAUGCGCCGCAACAGAUGUUUCAGGAUCCUAAUCAGGGCUAUGCCCAAUAUUCUGCACCACCACCGUCUGCCAUGACUCCGGGUUACAGCGAUCCUAAUCAGAACUAUCCACAGUCUGGUUAUGGAGGAUCCCACCCUACUUUAACCCAGCCCGGUUAUACGUCUCUGCCCCAAAAUCAGAUGUAUCCUACUUCAAUAGCGGACAGCAACGUUCAGCAGUCAUCGUAUGCUCCCCAAAACGUACAAUAUCUUACCUCGUACAACCAGCUCCCAGUCCAUCCCAAUGGCAACCAUUCGCAAGUAUCAGCCUCCGUAACGCAACAAGCACAACCUCAGGCUUCUCCACCGCCACAACAGACCGAGGAGUACAAAUCCCAGCUUCGGGAUCUCGGUCGAGAUGCUAAGGCGAUCUGGAACUUGAUGAGUGGUGUGAAAGAAGUUCCUGGUAGUGUAAAGGUAUACACUAUUAUCUAUCACAUCUUGAAAAAUUUUCGCUCCAAGUUUCAACAAGAUCCACCACUCUCGAUGAUCGUUGAUGGACUUUCCAACAAUAAAGACAUGCGACCUGUUCGGAACAUUAAUGGACUGUUGUGCCGAGCUUGUGUACUAGGCAUGGCCGGUUCUGUCACCUCUUCAAAGCCCGAUAAGAAACAUUUUUCGUUUCCUCAACUUGCCAUCCACUUUCGCACAAUUCAUGAGGAAGGAGUGCCUUCCAACCUUAUCGGUCAUUUUCCAGAUUGGACGAAGGAUAUGGUCGAACUCCCUGAUCAGACGAAAAUAUCUUCAGUUUCUAGUGCUCCAGGAAUGGACGUCCAAAAGCUUGGGAUCUUUUCAGAGGCGCUCCCAGAAAUCGUUGCGAUUCCACCACCGAGAAAGAAUACCACGAUUCAGCGAACUGCACCGUGGCAACCAAAAGUUGAAAUUUUGGACCAAGAAACACUGCCUUGGCAGCAGACAUCAUAUGCUAACCAGGACAUUACUGAAGACCUCGCGCCUUCGCAAGACAAUCAUGGAAAAUACUAUGCCAGUGUUGCAGACACUCGAACUCCGGAUACAGAACCGGUUUCUGCCACUUACAGUAGUAACCCAUAUGAUCCACGCCAUCCUCGAGAUGCACGAGAACAGCAAGCACCGCGUAAACUCACUUCAUUGGCUGCAACCUCUCGCCAUGACCAAGAUCACCAGAUGUUUCACGAUAAUAACGUUGAUCGUCGCCGUCCCAUGAAUCCAGCAUCACCUCCUGUAUCCUAUGCUAGGCCCGAGAAAGAGACUGUUUUCCGUGACGAAGCUCCAGUUUAUCCAGAUAGGAAUAUUCGAUAUCGAGAGGCGAACAAUGCAGAACAUAUACCUCGCUACGAACGAACCAUUAGAACGUACGAUGAUCUAACUACUCCUGUUCGAAGGUAUGCGACUGCCAACUCCCAAUCACAUAAAUCAAAUCGACAGCAGGGGGAACCAUUGUCUACCUUCUCAGCUGCUUCGAAAGAUCCGCUGGAAACCCAAUACCAACCAUUAGACGAUGUAACAUCUCAACAAAACCGCAUCUUCGAAGUCGUGGCUCAGAUAUCCCAGCAUUCACAGCAAGCGCGCGGAAAGCAGACGGCCACACGUGAAGGGGCUGCUGAGAUUAAGUCCGAAGAUGGCGAGUUGCAAAGAGGAAUCAUUGAGCAGACUAAGAUUCGUAAGCGGCCUUCAGAUGAAGCGACCGAUGAUGCAGAAAGAUUUCUCAAUAAUUUUCAAUCAGAGAAGCGUUCUGAAGUGGUUAGUCAAAGAGUUGGCCAACUAGCGCGACGUCGAGAUGAUGUUAUCGAGCCGGGACGGGAAACAGAGCGUGCUGAAAGCAUGCGGCAGGGGCGUCCUUUGUCAUCAGAAUCGCGGCAACGUUCUCGAGAAGUUUACAAUGAUGACUUAGCCGCGCCUGGUCGACCUACUUAUGUGACUGAGAAGCAAGGAGCUUACAAUGGGUAUUAUAUACAAGAGUGCCCUUCUCAAGCUAGACAAAUUCGAGCUUACGCUACGGAGGAUCGCUAUGUCGAUCUAAACUCUGGGCAAGCUUUUGCCCGAGAGCGAUCUCCUGAAUCUAUUGAUCGAAGAUACACAGGCAAUGUGAUCUACCAUGAUGAGAGACAAGGAAGUCAUGGUGCUCACCGUACUCCGAGUAGAUAUUCUCGAUACGAAAGUGUCAGAUUAGACAAUGACCGAGCACGUUCGAGGUCGCCAGUAUACGUUAAGAUGGGCGCACAAACUGGACAGUAUGCCCAACGCAGUCCAGACGUUCAUCCCUCUCACCAAGAACCCAGAUAUCGCCCCCGGACACCAAAAGAGGAGAUCAUCUAUGAGAGGGCCCCUCGCCAAGAGUAUUACCGUGUCUAUGCCGAUGAGCCUCGGCCUCGACAGGCUUAUGAUUACGUCCAGUACGAUGCUCAGGGUCCUUACGUCAUACAUAGACCUGUCCGCCGAGAACCUGAAGCAGUUUAUGCGUCAUAUGAGGAUGAGUCAAGACAGCCUCUUUACGAAACACGCGCAGCCGUUGCUCGAACAGAUCCUGCCUAUUACGAAGAGUACGAUCCUCGACACCCAGAACCACCACCUGCCACUGUAGCUCGCGAAGUUCGAUACCAGUAA